UUUAUUUUAGCUUAGCUCUCCGAAGUCGAUCCAUCUGGUAUGGCAGCCAAGGAUAAAAAGAUGAAAAAGACCGCCAGAGAGAGGAACGGUAGAGCAGAAACAGAGGUCAUGCUAGAGGACGAGCCCACAACAACCGAGCUAGAAACCAAACUAGGAGCUGUGGGUAUAUUCAUCUUAUCCUGUGUCAUAUACUUCAUUACCAUGUUUCCUGGACUGCCGAUGGGGGAUUCUGGCGAGUUUAUGGUGACAGCAAUAGACUUUGGAGUAGCUCACCCUCCUGGGUAUCCUCUCUUCACAUCCAUGGCCCAUUUAGCCAUAAAACUUAUCCCCUUUGGAACCCCAGCAUGGAGAGUAAGCCUGCUUUCUGUUCUAUUUGGGGCUCUGUUCAAUGUUACUGUCUACUAUGUUGUGAGUCUAGUUGGUAAGAACAGUGUCGUGGGUCUCAUGGCUGCCGGAUGGAUCGGAUUCUCCCGUCUAUUUUGGAUGUGGUCCAUACAGGGAGAAAUAUUCAGUUUAAACAACUUCUUCUGUGCGUUCAUUAUGCUCCGGGCUUACUAUUUCGAGAGCUGUUCAAAGGAAAAUAUCUUGUUUGAAGCUAAAAUCUCUGCUCUGACUUGUGGAUUAUCGUUAUCUAACCAACAUACCUCAGUCUUGUUCAUCGUUCCAUUUGCUCUGAGAGUAGCAUACAAAGUUUUGAUAGUCGAGGGGAAGUCACCUAGGGAUGCCUGUAAUAUCGCAAUGUAUGGUAUCGGUGGGAUGGCCUGGUAUUUGCAGAUGCCAAUAUCACAUUUCUUCUUCACACCACGAGUUACUUGGGGAGACUUCGGAAGUAUCAGCACAUUCCUUAAACAUAUGCUGAGGCUGGACUAUGGCAGCUCUUUCAAACUGGUGGCUGGAGAUACUCAGGGAACGUUUAUUUCAAACUUCAUUGCCUUUGUCAAGGACUCGUCUGCCGAACUAACAGUGCUACCCUGGGCUUUUGCUCUUUUCCUUAUUUACACCGUUACUACGAAAGUGCCUGGGCAUCUGUUUCGGACCACAGUGAAAGUUUUUCUAGCUAUGAUGGGCUGUUAUUUUGCAGUCUUCUGUUCUUUAGCUAACAUUGAGAAUCCUGCUGGACUCUCAAGGGGUGUUUUAGAAAGGUUCUGGAUGCAACCUUCCAUUGGUCUUCUUAUUUUAGCGGGGAUUGGACUUAGCAAAUUCAUCAUAUUUUUAUCUGAAAAAGUGCACCCGAUCCUGAAAAACAAAUACCUCCAACUUGCCCUAGCUAUCCUUAUCAUAUCCGUGCAGAUAAAAACAAACUACGAAGAAAACGACGAAUCAGACAACUGGUAUGCGCACCACUACGCGCAAUCAAUCCUCCCAGAGCUUCCAGAGAACAGUAUUUUACUAACUGGAGGGGACCUGCCCACCAAUGUGUUUAGAUACCACACCAUCUGUGAGCAGAUGAGACCCGAUGUCCGGGUUAUGGACAUGCAGUUCAUGGCUGCUGACUGGUUCAGGGAUGUCCUGGCUCCCACUACAUUUGCUGGCAUAAAUGUGCCUGGAGUUUACCGACCCUUUAAAGCUGCCGAUCUUGUUAAAGGCCAGUAUAAUCUAAAGGGGUUCCUUGACGCUAAUAUUGACAGUUUUGAUAUAUUUGUGUGUAAUUCUGUGAGACGUGAUGAAGGUAGCGACUAUGAGGUGCACUACAUGCUGAUCCCUUACAGAACUUGCAAGCGCUUCGUUAAGAGAUCUGAUGUUGUCAACCCUGUCGAGGUGGUAGAGAAGACCCCAAGCACAGUACUGGACGAGUGGCCGAUGCCAGAUAUCCGGAAAUACGAGGACCGAACCUGGGAACACACCCUGAAGGUGGCGUAUCUCAACAGCCUCUCAGAGAAGGGAUCCCUCAUGUGGCAGGAAGCUGUGGCUCACAAAAAUUCGAAUAAUCUCAGGUACUUAUUGGAACACGGAGCGGUGUUGCACGGCCAGGGAGUGUCUCAGAUAGAGACCGCCAUUGCAGAUGGACGGCUGGAGAGGGACGACUGGCAGCAUGUUUACACCAUCAUGGCCAAGAAUAUGGGACACUUUUGCAUGAUUCUCCACACAAUGGUAGCAGCCGAGGGUAACGAGACCAGACGACUAGAACUCGAGGAAUGUGGCAGGAAAUACUGGACUAUUUAUGUAAACUGGUCUGAAAUAUUGCGUAAUAAAGACGAGGUGGCACUGGUCAAGGAGUUGAGGAGAUAUUUGGCAAUGAAGUCUUUCAAAGGACUAAGGUUUAAUAUUUAGGUUCACGAUUCUAUAGGUCUACUGUCUAGGUUGUGUCAUUUAUUUGGGUAGUGCUCGUGUAUUUGAGCAAGAUAUUUGUUCCCAUUGUGAGUACAGUAGUGAGUAAAGUAGUAACUUGUGAUGGUAUUUAUUUGUAUUCCACUCGGAUUAUUUGAUUUGGGAACUUGGUAAUUUCUGUCGACGGACAUUAAACAAAGUUGACGGACAUUAAACAAAGCUGACCUACUAUCCUUCAACCGUGUGACCGUCCACUAAGUUUCAAUUCGAGUUUAAGCGAAGACAUGAUAUUCAUAAUAUUAAGUAUUUUACAGACCUUCAAAGGCCUAUUUUGUAAUAUUCAGUACACAAUCAUUAUUAUUAGCAUUACCAUAAAAACAUGAAUAUGUAUGAACAUCAGUGAUAUCAGUCAGAAAUGUUCAGUAAAAACAAUUAUGUUUGAAUUUUGCUGUUUGCAGUUGUUAUUUGUGUUGUUAAUACUUUAAUAUUAGUUUCGUGCAUGUGUUAUUUGUAAUGUAGUACCUUUUUGGGACCUUUACCGAUUGUUGAAAUUCAUCAUCGAGCGCUAUCUAGCGCUAGAUCGAGACAUUAAAAAGGUGCCACGCAAUUGGCGGCAUUGUAGCUAACUGGCGGUAUCUAACGUCAUCUAGCGUCAUUUCACGCUAGAUGACGAUAGAUGUCGAAUUUCAACAAUCGGUAAAUGUCCCCUUUUUGUUAAUUGAUAUUAUGUUAUUCUGUUCCUAUAGACUGAAUUAUUAUUUUCUUCGCAUUAUUUGAUCUUUUUCAUUACAAUUAUUGCAAAAAUUGAGUUGUUUCAAUAUAUGAUAUAGAUAAGCUUGGGAGUGUAGCUGGUUUUUAGCGAUUCAAGGGUUUCAAAAAUAUUAUCAAGUUAACUUUUGAUAUCUGAUCUUUUGUUUGUUUAGUUUUGAUUUUUGUUAAGAAAACGUCUUAUUGUAUCUGCUUGCUUGUGUUUUUAGGUAUUUAGUUAAUUAUUAUUAUUAAGUUAAUUAUGUGUUUUUGAUUUUAUGUGUAUGCUAUUUGUGUAAUUAUUUCUAAUAUGUAGUUGAUUUGAGUUAAAACGGUGUCUUAUCACGAAGUUGAAUAAUCCUCCUAUAUGAACCAUUAUUAUAUUGGUGUCGAUUGUGCUAUUAAUCCUAUUAUUAGAUAUUAUACUAAAGGAGGCGCUUUUGCACAUGCUUUAAAUGAAAUUUGAUAUUACUUAUAAUACUGUCGACUAUGUAAAUAAAGAUUAUUAUUAAUAGAAUUAUUUAUUCUAUCAUUGGGAUGUUAUUGGUUGUAAUUAAUAGAUAAUAAUAUUUAGUUAACUUGAUCACACAGGUCAUCCGUCAUCGUCAUAUUAUUUAACCUUUUAAACUUUG